UAUGAUUCAGAACUGAUUGUAUAUGCAGUGAAAUGUGUCCAGGCAUCUAUAGGCAUUGCAGAAUUGUGUGUGAUGGCAAUGAAGACUGAGGGAACAUCUGAAGCUGAGGCCCGCUCCAAGAUCUGGUUGGUAGAUUCCAAGGGUCUCAUCACCAAGGACAGGCCAGAUGGAGGUAUCUCAGACCACAAGGCCAAAUUUGCUCAUGCUCGAUCUCCCAUCAAAACUCUAGCAGAGGCUGUUGAGACCCUCAAGCCUAACAUACUUAUAGGAGCAGCAGCUGUAGCAGGAGCCUUCACUCCAGAGAUCAUCCAGACAAUGGCAGCUAACAACAAACGACCGAUCAUUUUUGCUCUCAGCAACCCCACCUCCAAGGCUGAAUGUACAGCUGAGCAGGCCUACAUUCACACCAAUGGCACCGCCGUAUUUGCCAGUGGUUCUCCAUUCGCCCCUGUAACAUACAAGGGACAAACCUUCGUACCUGGACAAGGAAACAAUUCCUACAUCUUUCCUGGAGUAGCUCUGGGAGUCAUCUGCGCAGGCAUUAGACAUAUUAGUGAAGAAGUAUUCCUCAUCGCUUCUUCAACACUGGCACAGAUGGUUUCUGAAGACGACCUAAACAAGGGUAGCUUAUAUCCUCCCCUCCACAACAUUCAAACAAUCUCCACCAGGAUAGCCACUCGGGUAGCUGAACACGCUUACGAGAAAGGGAUGGCGUCAACUUAUCCUGAACCACAAGACAAAGAGACAUUUAUUAAAUCUCAACUUUAUGAUACAAAAUACAGACCAUCUCUGCCACGCACAUACACAUGGCCUAAAUGCUGAAUUUCUUUGCUUCAAUAUUCUGCAAUUUAUGUCAAUCAAAUUCCACAAUAGCAUUUUCUAAAGUUAUAAAAUAAUUGUGCCAAAGUGGAAAAAACCUUUUAAAAAUAUUAUAUUUUGAUAUUAUAAUAUAUUUAGAUGUUUUAAAAAAUAAAUCAUUGUUUUCUUGGAAA